CUCAAACAGAUGUUAAACAGCAAGUGCUGCCGAGUAAAGCUACAAAGAAAUCUUACACUUAAAAAGGAUGGGGAAGCAAGCCCACACACUAAGUAUUGUUAAGGACAAAACAACUGUGCCAACUAAGCACUGGUCAGUCGACCGUUCAAUUCGAUGUCCAGUUGCUGUUCAUUUGCGAAACUACAAGGAUGGCUCAACCCACCAAGACACACUGCAUCAAAAAGCAGUCCAGAACACGCCCUGUGAGUCAAAAACUUGCGGGGGUUCCAUAAUGAAUCCCAAAUGUCUGAUGCGCGGUUCUUCCAAAAAGACACCCGGAUCUGCUGACAUCCUGACACAGGCAGUGGAUUUUAUCGACCAGUACUACAAAUCAUUCAAGAUCUCUGAUCCAGAUGCGCAUCAGGUUCGGGUUGACCGGGUCACGCUGGAGAUCACCCUCACCGGAUCAUACACACUUACCGCUGAUGAACUCGCUUUCGGGGCUAAACAAGCGUGGAGAAACGCGCCAAGGUGCAUCGGUAGGAUUCAAUGGGCCAAUUUACAGGUUUUCGAUGCGCGUCAGUGCAAGACUUGUAAGGAUAUGUUCCACGCCAUGUGCACUCACCUGAAGUACGCCUCAAAUGGAGGAAACCUGAGAUCUGCCAUUACUGUGUUCCCCAAAAGAACAGACGUCGAGCAUGAUUUCCGGGUUUGGAAUGGUCAGCUCAUAAAGUAUGCUGGCUAUCAGAUGGAGGAUGGUUGCGUGAUAGGAGAUCCAUCAAGUGUAGACUUUACACAGGUGUGUAUUCAACUUGGAUGGAAACCAAAGUAUGGGAGCUUUGAUGUGCUUCCACUAGUUUUGCAGGCAAAUGGAGACGACCCUGAACUUUUUGACAUUCCACAAGAUCUGAUUCUGGAAGUCUCCAUAGAGCAUCCACAGUAUGACUGGUUUAAAGACCUAAACCUGAAAUGGUAUGCAGUGCCUGCAGUGGCAAACAUGUUAAUGGAAAUCGGUGGUCUAGAAUUCACAGCAUGUCCUUUUAAUGGCUGGUACAUGGGUACAGAGAUUGGAGUUAGGGACUUCUGUGACAGCCAGCGCUACAACGUUUUGGAGCGUGUUGGCCAGCUAAUGGGCUUAGAGACACGAAAGCUGUCUUCACUGUGGAAAGAUCAGGCUCUGGUGGCUAUCAAUGUUGCUGUCAUUCACAGCUUCCAGAAAAAUAAGGUCACCAUCACCGACCACCAUUCGGCAUGCGAGUCCUUCAUGCAGCACAUGGAAACAGAAGUUCAGGUACGUGGAGGCUGUCCAGCUGAUUGGGUGUGGCUGGUCCCGCCCAUGUCUGGCUCCAUCACCCCUGUGUUCCACCAGGAGAUGCUCAACUACAUCCUAUCUCCUUUCUUCUUUUAUCAGAGUGAUCCAUGGCUAACACACAAGUGGAAGGAUGAGAAAAAACGACUUCGGAGAUGUAAGGUCAGCUUCAAAGGACUGAUAAGAGCGGUGUUUUUUUCUCAAACUCUCAUCAGAGCUGUCAUGGCUAAGAGGGUGCACUGCACUGUUCUCUUUGCCACAGAAACAGGAAAAUCACUCACCUUUGCAAAAAAACUAAACUCCAUGCUCAACCGUGCUUUUGACUCCAGGCUGGUUUGUAUGGAAGACUAUGACUUCAGUGAGAUAGAGUCAGAGAGCCUUCUGAUGGUGGUCACCAGUACUUUCGGCAACGGAGAGAGUCCAGGAAAUGGAGUGAGCUUCAAGAAGCAGCUUUUCAGUCUGAAAAACGUGACGAACAACAUCAGGUACAGUGUGUUUGGUCUUGGUUCACGAGUGUACCCGCAGUUCUGUGCCUUUGCCCAUGCUGUGGAUGACAAGCUUGCUGAGUUGGGCGCCAAGCGUCUGACUGCCACAGGGGAGGGAGAUGAACUCAACGGGCAGGAUGAGACUUUCUCUGCUUGGGCUUGCACUGCCUUUAAGGAUGCAUGUGAGGAGUUUAACAUUAAAAAACAGCUGAAAGGGGUUGAGCAACAGUCAGACAGCUGGGACCUAAAGAGAUACAGAGUACAGCAGAAUAGCGGCACACUGGACUAUGUUACAGCGCUCUCUGCCCUUCAUUCUAAAACUGUGUUUCCUUUGACUCUGAAGAGAAGACAGAAACUGCAGAGCUUCAAGUCAAGUCGUUCUACUAUUUUAGUUGAGCUGAAGAUGGGUGGGAACACAGAGGCUUUAAACUUUGCUCCAGGAGACCAUGUUGGAGUUUUUCCAGAGAAUUCUUCAGAGCUGGUUGAUGGUAUUCUGAAGCAUCUCCCAGAUGCCCCUCCUGUUAACCAGAGUCUUCACCUGGAGAUCCUCUCUGAUUCUACUCAUGAGGUAGAGAGUUUUCAGAUGGAUGAACGAAUCCCUGCUUGCACUUUGGCUCAGGCUCUUACAUACUUCCUAGAUAUUACUACUCCACCUUCACAAAGCCUACUGCGCAAACUCUCUACAGUUGCAGGUCAAGAAGAGGAUCACAGACGACUUGUGGUACUUGCAUCAGAUUUCCAGGAAUAUUCAAAAUGGAAAGAUUUCCACAGGCCUACCUUCCUGGAGGUGCUUGAAGAAUUUCCCUCUCUAAAAGUGUCAGCAGCGUUUCUUCUGAGCCAGCUUUCUCUGCUCAAACCCCGUCUGUACUCUGUCAGCUCCUCAUUGGAUCAUCUUCCCAAUGAGUUACACCUCACAGUGUCUGUGGUGGAGUACCACACCCAGGGUGGACAGGGCCCACUGCAUUUUGGCACCUGUAGCACAUGGCUUAACACCAUCAAAAAAGGACACACAGUGCCGUGCUUUAUUCACCGCUCUGGUGGGUUCCAUCUUCCGACAGACCCCAGCACUCCCAUUAUUCUGAUAGGGGCCGGGAGUGGUAUCGCUCCUUUCCGCAGCUUCUGGCAACAGCACAGUCAUGACACUAAAAAGUCAGGACUGAAAUCUAGUCCUAUGACAUUGGUAUUUGGAUGCCGUGAUUCAGAAACAGACCAUCUUUAUAAUGUUGAAACACUAAAGCUGAGACUUGAUGGCAUUCUGGGCAACAUCAAUACAGCUUACUCACGCCAACCUGGCAAACCAAAGAGGUAUGUGCAGGAUAUCCUGAGAUACCAGCUAAGUGAAAAGGUCGUAGAGGAUCUACACACAAACGCAGGUCACAUGUAUAUCUGUGGCGGUAUGAACAUGGCCCGUGAUGUUGCCUGCACUUUGCAGGAGAUCCUGACAAGCGAGACUGGAAUGACCAUCAAAGAAGCUGGAGAAUAUUUGGAGAAAUUAAAGGUUGAGAAGAGAUACCAUGAAGACAUUUUUGGAGCCUAAUGGACAUUUGUUCGUCCUCAUUUUAUUCUGAACUAACUGUAAAAUAAGUUUGCCACAGAUUAAGGUUCUAAGAAAUACUUGAUUUUACUAAUGUGAUACUAUCACUUUGACCAUUUAUAUUUAUUUAUCAGUAUUUUUUUUGUAGUUUGUUUCCUUCUCUGCAUCAAUAUGAACACUGUGAUGAUUAUACAGGUAGAGCAAAAGCUGUGUUUUAGGACACUCUGUAUAAAGCGAAAAACUGAUGGCUAAUAUUCACAGCACAAUAUUCAUGUGACACUGUCCUGAGUAAUGUUAUGAAAAUCUUUGAUUAGAUUUUUAUAUUCAUUUGCUUUAGAUUUAAUUUGUCUUAAAAAGAUGCCGAUUCUGACAUUUUCUAAUGUCUUCCAUUUACUUUUUAUUACUUCAUGCCACGUGUGACAUACCUUCAUGU